AUGAAUGCUCAGGUCUCAUUCCUGAAAGGCUCAUAUACCCUCAUCCACAUCCCCCUAGACCUGUACUCGACCUUUAUACGUCCCAUUCUCCAGAUCCUCCUCCCCGAGACCCAGAACCUGGGCCGGCCAUCUUCGCCGUCGUCGCCGUCGUCGCCCGAGGAGCAGCUCCACCGUCUGUCGCUCGACUCCCGCGACGCCGGCCAGCACCGCGGCUUCCUCAACAUCAGCGUCACCCCCAUCGAGGUCUCGAUAGUCUGUCACAGCGCCUGGGCCCGCGCCGUCUUCGAGCCCGUCCUGGCCUCGCUGCCGCGCGACGCCGCCCGCUCCGUCGCCCUCUCCGACAGCGAGUACACCGUCCUGGCCGUCAUCAGCGCCGGCCUCGACGCCGCCGGCCGCGUGCUCGAGCUCACCUCGCCCCUGGCCCGCGCCGGCAUCCCCAUCUUCUUCAUCUCCACCUACUACUCCGACUUCAUCCUCGCCCCGGCCAGCGAGCGCCACAACAUCGUCAAGGCCCUCGACACCCACGGCGGCUUCCAGCUCCUCUCCGACGACGGCGACUCCGUCCCCUUCUCGCCCGCGCCCGCGCCCGCGCCCGCCACCACCACCACCCCGCCCGCCACACCACCCUCCUCCUCGCCCUCCACCACCCUCGACGAGCUGCAGGCCCGCGCGUUCGACCUCCUCAGGAAGCGCAACGUCUCGCCCCGCGUCGACGACGACCUGGAGCUGGUCCAGUGCUCCGGCCGCGAGAUAUCGCCCCCCGUGACCGACGGCGGCAUAUACAGCUCCGUAUCCGCCGGCGGGCGCGGUGGCGGCGGUGGCGGCACUGGGGGAGCAGGCGGCGGCGGCGGCGGCGGCGGCGGCGGUGGUGGUGGUGGUGGUGGCCACCGUCAUCACGCGUCAGGUAGCCGCGCCGCCAGGGCACCGCCCAGCUGGGUCGACGGCCUGGACACGAAGCUGUACACGUGCAUCAUCGCCGCCCUCGUCUCCCACCCGCGCUUCAUGUCCGUCACCCUCGCCCAGGACGACCCGCCCUCUCUCCUGCUGGACAAGACCCUCCUCCCCACCUUUGGCGACUCGCUCGUCGGCGACACAGAGGGCCGCCACAUCCCCAUCUUCCUCGACCUGGUCGGCCUGCCCUUCGAGGUCACCGGUAUCGUCUGCGGCGUCGCCGGGAGGCUCGUCCAGGACAUGCAGCUCGCCGAGAGCUCCGAGCUGUCCUACCUCUCCACCGCCAGGGCCGGUGCCGUCAUCCUCCCCGAUGUGCAGUCCAGGAGGGCUCUGGACAUAUUGAAACCACUCCUCACCAAAGAGGAGUGA